GCUCCCAGAAGGGCAGGCACAAGUUGCUUGCCGGGGUGGCUCAUAAGCCCUGGUUUUUGGGGGCUCCGCAAGCGGGGACUACAUUUCCCAGGGGCGAACGCGCCGGAAGUAGCACAGGUUUUUGGCGUUCGGUUGCCACUAACGCAAAGUCAUUCACUAGAAAGAGCUGAAACUUUGUGGUAAAAGCAAGAAAUCCCUGGGCCACAGGGGCGGACGCAGAGGACCAGGCUUCGGGAAGGAGAGGUCGGGGACGGGGUCUGACGGAAGCUUCCCCUGAGGGGAGGAAGCUGAGGAAGAAUGGCCAGCUCUAAGUCUCAAGACAUGGUCUGUGGUUCAGUGACAUUUAGGGAUGUGGCUGUUGACUUCUCUCAGGAAGAGUGGGCCUGCCUGGAUGCUCCUCAGAGGGUGUUAUACAGGGACAUGAUGUUGGAGAUCUACAGCCACCUCGUCACAGUGGUGGGAAGUUCGAUUUGCAAACCAGAUCUGAUCACCUUAUUGGAGCAGGAGAGAGAGCCCUGGAUGGUUGUGAAGGACAAAACAGACAGGCCAAGCCCAGAUUUGGAAUCAGAUUGUGAUGCUGAAAAUAUAUCUCCAGAAAAUUAUAUUUAUAAUAGAAAUUUACCCAAAGAGAGUAUAAAACAAUUAAGUGAAAAUUUUGACCUCAAGCACUUCAGUUUUAAUAAUGACCCCAACUAUAGUACAUCCACGGAUCUACAGGGUAAUGAAGGAGCUGCUGAUCAAAAGAUUUGUUACAAGGAACAAACACCUACUUAUACCUGCCUGAGUUUUACCCAAAAUAUAGAAAAAGCAUAUCUAUGUAAUGACUAUGGGAAGUACUUUGGUUGUAAUCCAAGUAUUAUUCAUCAUCAGAGUACUUGUACUAGAGAGAAGCCCUAUGAAUGUCAGGAAUGUGGGAAGGCCUUCAGAAUCCCCCAACAUCUUACAAGACAUCAGAAAUCUCACAGUGGUGAGAAACCUUUCAAAUGUGAUGAAUGUGGAAAGGCUUUUCAUCUUCCUGACCUGCUUAAGUACCAUAAAACCAUUCAUACAGGUAUAAAACCAUUUGAAUGUGAGGAAUGUGGGAAGUCCUUCAAUCGUUUCUCCAACCUAGUUGGGCAUAGGGUUAUGCAUGCUGAUGUGAAACCAUACGAAUGUAAUGAGUGUGGGAAAGCCUUUAAACGUCGCUCAAACCUCAUACAACAUCAAAAAAUACAUUCUGGUGAGAGACCUUUUCAGUGUAAACAAUGUGGAAAGGCCUUCAUUGCUCUGGCACAGCUUAUUAGUCACGAGACAGUUCAUACUGGAGAGAAGUUAUUUAAAUGUCAGGAAUGUGGAAAGGCCUUCAGACUCCCCAAACAGCUUACAAGACAUCAGAAAUCUCACAGUGGUGAGAAACCUUUCAAAUGUGAUGAAUGUGGAAAGGCUUUUCAUCUUCCUGAGCUGCUUAAGUACCAUAAAGCCAUUCAUACAGGUAUAAAACCAUUUGAAUGCAAGGAAUGUGGGAAGUCCUUUAAUCGGUUCUCCAAUCUUGUUGAACAUAGGAUUAUUCAUGCUGAUGUGAAACCAUAUGAAUGUAAUGAGUGUGGGAAAGCCUUUAAACGUCGCAAAAGCUUCAUGCAACAUCAGAAAAUUCAUUCUGGUGAGAGACCCUUUCAGUGUAAGGAAUGUGGAAAGGCCUUCAUUGUUCUGGCACAGCUCACUCGGCACCAAAGCAUUCAUACUGGAGAGAAGUCGUUUGAAUGUAUGGAAUGUGGCAAGAAAUUCAGAACUGGUGAACAGCUCACUAGGCACCAAAACAUUCAUACUGGAGAGAAGUCAUUUGACUGUAAGGAAUGUGGCAAGAAAUUCAGUACUGGAUCACACCUGGUUCAGCACCAGAGUAUUCAUACUGGUGAAAAACCCUUUGAAUGUAGUACCUGUGGGAAGGCUUUUCGGCUUCAGGUAUACCUUUCUGAGCAUCAGAAAACUCACAUUGAAGAGAAACCUUUUAAGUGUAAGCUGUGUGGCUCAGCCUUCAGACGUAAGUACAAACUUAGUGAACAUCAGAGAAUUCAUACUGAUGAGAAACCUUAUCAUUGCAAGGAAUGUGGGAAAUUCUUUCGUCAAAGGUCAAAAUUUAAUCAACAUCUUAGUAUUCACAGUGGAAAUAAACCCUUUGAGUGUAAAGAAUGUGGGAAGUUCUUUAGACUUAAUAUACAUCUCAUUCGUCAUCAGAAAUCUCACAGUGGUGAGAGGCCUUUUGAAUGUAAAGAAUGUGGAAAGGCUUUUCAUGUUCCCAGCGAACUUAAUAAACAUAAAAUUGUUCAUACGAGUAAAAAACCCUUUGAAUGUGAGGUAUGUGGGAAGUCCUUCAAGCGGGCUUCCACUCUCAUUCAGCAUAGGAUUAUUCAUGCUGGUGUGAGGCCAUUUGAAUGUAAUGUCUGUGGGAAAACCUUUAAUCGUAGCUCAAACCUGUUUCAGCAUCGCAAACUUCAUUCUGGUGAGAAACCCUUUCAGUGUAAGGAAUGUGGAAAGGCUUUCACUGUUUUGACAAACCUCACUCGGCACCAGAAUAUUCAUACUAGAGAGAAAUUAUUGUAAUCUGAGCAGUGUGGGUCAAUCUUCAGACUUAAGUCCCAACUGAAAAAACAUCAGAGAAUUAUUCUAAUGUGAAACUUUCAGUGGAUGGAAGGUGGAAAGGACUUUGUGGAACAACCCUUAGAAAUCGUCAGAGGAUCCAUACUGGUGAGAAUCCCUAUCAGUGUAAGGAAUGUGGGAAAGCUUUUCAACAUUAUUACCAAUUUUCUGGGACAUUUUAGAAUUUAUAUUGGAAAGAAUCUCUAUGAAUUUAAAGAAUGUGGGAAGUAUUUGUGGUAGAGACCUUAAUGUACAUCAAAGAAUUCACAAUGGUGAAAAACCUUACCAGUGUUAAGAAUGUGGGAAGACCCUUAGUGCAAUAUGAAACUUGAUUUGACCUGCUAAAUUUGAUAUGAACAAGAAGUCUUAUGAUGUAAGGAGUAUAGAAAGGCCUUCAGUAAUUCUAAGCUAUCUAUCAGAGUUCUUAUAGGUGAGAAAUUCUAUGACUAUCAGUAAGGUGGAAAAAUGUUUAGAUUUAGUUCAGCCUUCACUGUACAGUGCAAAAUUCAUACUGAUAAGAAAGCCGAUUACUGUAAAAGACAUGGAAAGACCUUCAGUUGGAGCUCAGGACAUCUUCAGUGUAAAAGAAUCCAUGAUGGUGUCAAACACGAUGGAUACAAGGAAUGUGGAAACAUUCACAGAAUUAGCUCAGUGUGUCCAUAUAGGUCUCAAAACUUGUGAAUAUGAAGAAUGAGUAAAAGCCUUUAUUGUAAAUGAUGAACUUCCAAAGAAUCAGAAAAUCCACAAUCACCAGGAGUCCUAUGCAUGUAAGGAAGAUGAACAAGUCAUUGCAUGAAACUUUACUGGUCAUCAGAGAACUCACAUUGGGAAGACUGCAACUUAAAAGAAUGUGGCAACUUUAAUCUGCCCUAGGAUGGUCAACAUUGGAAUAUUCAUUUGUUGUUGAUGCCAAGAAACCUUUAAUUCAUCAAUCAUUAGUCGCCAAGGAUAGUCAAGGAGAGUAGUGUUGGAACUAAGUUUAUCUGAGAUGAAUUCUUUGCCCCCAUUAACAUCCCAUGGCUCCUGUGAUAAUAGACUGGAUGCUUGCUUUCUGUCUAAUUUGUCAGUGGCCAGCACAGUACCAGCCAAAGGUGUGACAACAGGCUUAUAACAGAUAAUGAAAUCCUUGAGAGUAUUUGGUCAAUGAUCAUAUUCUGUACAAUACCUUUUCCCUUUUUCUCACUUUUAUUGGCCUUAGUAUAACUGACAUGAAAGGCUAAUUGCACUUUAGAUAGUUUAGGGAAGCAUCAUGCAUUCACACACUUCAAUUUUAAGUAUCUUCAUUCUGGAUACAUCUAAUGGCUGAAAAGGAGUAUCAAAGGAUUUGAGUUCAGCUUCCAAACAUAGGUAUGUAAGGUGUAAUCUUGGGUAAAUACGAGUUAAAAAUUGAAAUCAACCUCUAAGUGGGUAGCAUACUGCUGUUUGGUGCAACAUGAAAUAUAAUUCAAGUUGUGUGGUAUAACUGAUGCUGUGCUUGGUACACACACACACACACUCUCUCCCUUAUUCUUUCUUGGAUUGUAUCUUCUUUUCAUCAGGUGACUUGUGUAGUUGGAAAAUUCAAAACCCACCAUUGUGUGAAAAGAAUAGAGAAACUGUUCUCAGUCUUUCCCAGAAAGAGGUUGAGUGUCCUGGGGGAACACUGAUUGAUAAUCUAGCCAGGAUAGAAUGGAUUCUCCCUUUUGUCCAAAAGUGACUGAAAAGGCAAUUUUCUGAAAGCCCUGUUUAGAGUAAUUAAAGACAGCUGCUAAAAGGAU